AUGGGUGUACAUUUUGGAAUAUCCACAUUCUUUGUUCUUUGUUUGUUUGCUUUAUCAGCAAAUGCUGGAGAAUACAGAAUCACUGCUAAGCCAGGUUCUGAUAUCACCGGCGAAUUGUCGAAACUAUUCAAGGAGGCAUGUGCGUGCGUGGAAAAGAGCACCGUCGUGAUCCCAAAAGGUGAAUUCAGGCUUGGAGAAAUAGAGAUGAUGGGUCCAUGCAAGUCUCCUAUAAGGAUUUCUCUUCAAGGCACUGUGAAAGCUGAUGGGAACGUUAACGGGAAAGACUUUUGGGUCGCUUUCCGCAGGAUAACUAAUUUUAGAUUGAACGGUGGUGGUGUCUUUGAUGGUGAAGGUAACGCUUCAUGGAGGGCUAAUAACUGCCACAAGACUUCUUUAACUCAGUGCAAGAGACUCCCUAUCAGCAUAAGGUUUGAUUACAUAACUGACGGUAAGGUGAGAGACAUAACCUCGUUAGAUGCAAAGAACUUCCACAUUAACGUGAUCGGUGCAAAGAACUUGACGUUCGAAGACAUCAGGAUCAUUGCCCCUCAAGAUAGUCCCAACACCGAUGGAAUCCACGUGGGAAGGAGUGACGGAAUCAAGAUCAUCAACACAAACAUCAAAACCGGAGAUGACUGUAUCUCUGUUGGUGACGGGAUGAAAAACCUUCAUGUCGAAAGAGUUACAUGUGGUCCAGGACAUGGAAUCAGUAUUGGAAGUCUUGGAUUAUACGGACACGAGGAAGACGUUUCUGGCAUCAUGGUCGUGAACUGCACACUCAGGAACACUGACAAUGGUGUAAGAAUCAAGACAUGGCCCUCCGCUGCUUGCUCCACGACAGCAUCUGGUAUCUGUUUCGAGAAUAUUAUUCUCCAAAACGUUAGCAACCCUAUCCUCAUCGACCAAGAGUACUGCCCAUGGAACCGUUGCAACAAGAACAAACCAUCAACUAUCAAACUGGUGGACAUAAAGUUCAAGAAUAUCAGAGGAUCAUCAGGGAACAAAGACGCAGUUAAGUUAUUGUGCAGUAAGGGAUUCCCGUGUAAGAACGUGGAGGUAGGUGACAUUGAUAUCACAUAUAAUGGAAAAGAUGGUCCAGCAACGUUCCAAUGCUCCAAUGUAUCUCCAAAGUUGGUGGGGAAACAGUGUCCUAAAGCAUGUAGCAGCCCAGUGACGAAGCUACCAGGCGAAUAG